UCCGUCUCCUAUGACAAGAAGGCAAUAACCAUCGACGGCCGCCGGAGGAUUUUGAUCUCUGGCUCCAUUCAUUAUCCGAGAAGCACUCCUGAGAUGUGGCCGGAUCUCAUUCGAAAGGCUAAAGAUGGGGGCUUGGAUGUGAUUCAAACCUAUGUUUUCUGGAAUGGGCAUGAGCCUGUCCAAGGCCAGUAUUAUUUUGAGGACAGGUAUGACUUGGUCAAGUUCAUCAAGUUAGUACAGCAGGCUGGCCUAUAUGUCAAUCUGCGCAUUGGCCCUUAUGUUUGUGCUGAAUGGAAUUUUGGGGGAUUCCCUGUUUGGCUCAAAUAUGUGCCUGGUAUCAGUUUCAGAACUGAUAACGAACCUUUCAAGUGGGCAAUGCAGAACUUUACCCAGAAGAUCGUUGGAAUGAUGAAAUCAGAAAAUCUAUUCCAAUGGCAGGGUGGCCCUAUUAUCAUAUCUCAGAUUGAGAAUGAAUUUGGGCCUCUAGAAUGGGAUCAGGGGGCUCCAGCAAAGGCUUAUGCAGCUUGGGCAGCGAAAAUGGCACUCGACCUUGACACUGGGAUUCCAUGGAUCAUGUGCAAAGAAGAUGAUGCCCCUGAUCCUAUUAUUAACACGUGGAAUGGAUUUUAUGUCGAUGAUUUCUCUCCAAACAAGCCAUAUAAACCCUCUAUGUGGACUGAAGUCUGGACUGCUUGGUUUACAGGGUUUGGAGGUCCAGUUCCUUAUCGACCCGUUGAAGAUGUGGCCUUUGCUAUUGCACAGUUUAUACAGAAAGGUGGAUCUUAUUUCAACUACUAUAUGUACCAUGGUGGAACGAAUUUUGGCAGGACAGCUGGUGGUCCAUUCAUCGCUACAAGCUAUGAUUAUGAUGCUCCAAUUGAUGAAUAUGGUCUGUUAAGAGAACCAAAAUGGGGCCAUUUGAAAGACUUGCACAAAGCAAUCAAGUUCUGUGAACCUGCUUUGGCUUCUGGGGAUCCUAUUAGGACAUCACUUGGAAGCAAUCAAGAGUCUCACGUUUUCAGGUCAGAUUCAGGAGAUUGUGCGGCAUUUCUUGCCAAUUAUGAUACUCAACAUUUUAUUAAAGUAGCUUUCAAUGGGAUGCACUAUGAUCUUCCUCCUUGGUCUGUUAGCAUCCUUCCUGACUGUAAAACCACUGUCUUCAACACUGCUAGGGUAGGAGUCCAAACCUCACUGAUGAAAAUGGAUUCCGUUGGAGAGUUCUCGUGGGUAUCUUACAACGAAGACACAACCUCCUACGAUGAUAACUCGUUCACAGCAGAUGGAUUAUUGGAGCAAAUAAAUGUGACGAGAGACGCCACAGACUACCUUUGGUACACAACAAAUUUCGAUAUAGAUGAAGGUGAACAAUUUCUACAGAGUGGACAAUAUCCUGUCCUCACCGCAAUGUCAGCUGGUCAUUCUUUGCAUGUUUUCAUCAAUGGGCAACUAGCAGGGACAGCAUGUGGUAGUCUUGAAAAUCCAAAACUCACUUAUACUGGAGAUGUUAAGCUACGUUCAGGCAGCAAUAAGAUUUCUCUGUUAAGUGCUUCCGUUGGUCUUCCUAAUGUCGGGGAGCAUUUUGAGACAUGGAAUGCUGGAGUGCUUGGUCCAGUUACACUGAAUGGUCUUAAUGAGGGACGAAGAGACCUUACAUGGCAAAAAUGGAGCUAUCAGAUUGGUUUGAAAGGGGAAGAUUUGAAACUUCAUUCUCUUACCGGAAGUUCGAGCGUCGAGUGGGGUCAAGCAUCUCAAGACCAACCUCUCACAUGGUACAAGUCUCUCUUCAACGCGCCAGAUGGAAACGAGCCAUUGGCUUUGGAUAUGAACAGUAUGGGAAAAGGUCAAAUAUGGGUAAAUGGACAAAAUGUUGGACGGUAUUGGCCUGGUUAUAAAGCCUUCGGUACUUGCAACCCCUGUGAUUAUCGUGGACGCUACAACGAAACAAAAUGCCAGACAAAUUGUGGGGAGGCUUCUCAAAGAUGGUAUCAUGUACCUCGUUCAUGGUUAAAUCCAACUGGUAACUUGUUGGUGGUAUUGGAGGAAUCGGGUGGUGAUCCUACCGGGAUUUCUUUGGUAAAAAGAUCGAUAGGGAGUGCCUGUGCUGAUGUUUCGGAGUGGCAACCAUCGAUGAGAAAUUGGCAUACUAAGGACUAUGAGAGAUCAAGGGUACAUUUACAUUGUAGUCCUGGACAGAAGAUGACCAAGAUAAAAUUUGCGAGCUUUGGUACUCCGAAUGGAGUUUGUGGGAGCUUUUCAGAGGGAAAUUGCCACGCCCAUGAGUCUUAUGAUCCUUUUGAAAAGAAUUGUAUCGGCCAGGAAUCAUGUGCAGUAACAAUAAACUCUGACAAUUUCGGAGGUGACCCAUGUCCGGGAACCAUGAAGAGGAUCGCAGUGGAAGCAGUCUGUGAAUAAUAACAGAAAACUGAUCUCGAUCAGAAUAAAGAAAAAAGGUGGCAUACUCUGAAUUGUUAUAUAAAUACUCGUACACUUGAAUACAAACCUUAACAUCUGAAGAAUGCAGAAACUUUGGCACACUAACCAGCCAGAAACAAACACGAAGAAUUAGAGAUCGACUGUUAGAACACACAAUGGCAACAACAGAGAAUGUAUUCAUGUGACUUAUGGGAGAGCGUACAUGUAUAUAUUUUGAGUUCAUGUGCACUACUUGUGAUGAUUGGGAUAUUGAAGGGGCGAAGCCUCAUGAGAGAUUGGAGUUU